AUCUUCUCGCACUAGAGUUUGGCCCAAGUCUCAACUGAUCCAUAUUGUAAUGAAAUUUACCAGUUAAUUGUCCGAUUAUUGGGUGGAUGGGUCAUAUUCUUCUCUGAUCGUUAUAUUUAAGGUGGCAAAAGUCAAAGGUAUGAUGAAUGCUGGAUGACGCACCUGAUUGAAGACAAUCACCCAACAUAUAUGGCUGCUAUCUUGGGAAUGUCAAAUUUUGGCAAAAAGAAGAAAGAAGCUAACUGCUCGAAUUUAAUGAACCUUGUCUACCCUUUUGGAUUGAUUGCUUACCUUGUUGGGCUCAAAGACAUUGAGGAUUGGAUGGAUAUCUAUGAUCUUAAUGCUGCUGCCACUCAGUCAUUGCGGCUUCAAUUGGCUCAUUCCCAUUCUUAGAGCUCAGAUUCUAGAUCCAUUUGGGCCUGGACAAGGUGGUGUGAAGAGAGAAAUGGUGCCUGCAUUGUUUGUAUUUGGAGACUCACUCAUUGACAAUGGAAAUAACAACAACCUUCCUUCCUUUGCCAAGGCUAAUUAUUUCCCUUAUGGUAUUGACUUCAAUGGUGGCCCCACUGGUCGCUUCUCCAAUGGUUACACCAUGGUUGAUGAAAUAGCUGAAUUACUUGGACUUCCACUUAUCCCUUCAUACACUGAAGCAUCAGGAGACCAAGUGCUUCAUGGAGUAAACUAUGCCUCUGCUGCUGCAGGAAUCCUUGAUAUAACUGGCAGAAAUUUUGUGGGUCGGAUACCGUUCGAUGAGCAGAUAAGGAACUUUCAGAACACACUUGAUCAAAUCACAGGUAAUCUUGGGGCAGUUGAUCUGGCUCAGGCAAUCGGACGGUCAAUAUUCUUUGUUGGUAUGGGCAGCAAUGACUACUUGAACAACUACCUUAUGCCCAACUAUGAUACUAAAAAUCAGUAUAAUCCACAGCAAUAUGCUGAUUUUCUGGUUCAACGAUAUUCAAGGCAACUAAGGACUCUAUACAAUCUUGGAGCAAGAAAAUUUGUGAUUUCAGGAUUAGGAAGAAUGGGAUGCAUACCAAGCAUAUUGUCUCAAAGCACAGCUGGAAUUUGCAAUGAAGAAGUUAACCAGCUUGUUCUACCUUUCAAUGCAAAUGUGAAGGCCAUGAUCAAUAACUUCAACACCAAUCUUCCUGGUGCAAGAUUCACAUACAUUGACAUUACUCGAUUGUUCGAAGACCUUGUUGCCAACAGAGAACAGUAUGGAUUUAAUGUUGUGAAUCGCGGGUGCUGUGGCAUUGGGAGAAACAGUGGACAGAUUACAUGUCUACCAUUCCAAACACCAUGUCCAAGCAGAGAUCAGUACUUUUUCUGGGAUGCAUUCCACCCAACAUCAGCUGUGAACAUUUUGAUGGCAAGGAAGGCAUUCAAUGGAGAUCAAAGCAUUGUGUAUCCCAUGAACAUACAGCAGCUAGCAAGUUAUGAUUCCUAGACCAAUAAGGCAAUAAUAACCUAGAAAGCCAUGGUUGCCCUGUUUUAUGCUAUAAUGUUGCUUGUCUUUCUAGUCAUUGUGUGUCUGAUUUGAGUGGACUUUAUGAAAUGAAAGAGCAGUUCUUGUGGGUGUGUAUUGUUAA